AGCAAUUACUUGAUGUUGUCUGAAUCUGUGGUUAAAUAUGCCGGAGGUCUUCCUUUGGCACUCCAUGUUCUAGGUUCUUUUUUGUGUGGAAGAAGUGUACCUGAGUGGGAAGAUGCUUUAGACAGGCUAAAGGAAAUUCCAGAAGAUAAUAUUAUUCGAAAACUUAAAAUAAGUUAUGAUGCAUUAAAUUAUCAAGAAAAGGCAAUAUUUUUGGAUAUUGCUUGUUUUUUCAAUGGAUGGAUGAAAUAUGAAGUGACCCAAAUUUUGAGAAACUGUGAUCUCCACCCUACAAUUGGAAUAAAUGUUUUGAUUGAGAAAGCUUUACUAAUUGAAAGAAGAAUAUGUAUGGAAAAUGCAUUUUAGAGAUGCACGAUUUACUUCAAGAAUUGGGUCGGAAUAUUGUUUUCCAAGAAUCUCUUGAUAAUGCUGGCAGACGUAGUAGGUUGUGGAAUAUAGAGGACAUCAAUGAAAUAUUGAAAGAUAACGCAGGAUCAAAUGCAAUACAUGCCAUUGUUACGCUUUCCCAUGCUGAAGUAGAAGUGCAUCCUGAAGUAUUUUCAAAGAUGAGAAAUCUCAGACUUCUCUACUUAGACUGUGGAUUGAAACAUCCUAUAGAUUUCAAAUGCCUUUCCAAUGCAUUAAAAGUAAUUGUGUGGUUGCAUUGUCCACUAGAAGCUCUUCCACUUGAAAUUCCACUGCAUAAACUUGUUGAUAUUCAGAUGCCUUAUAGCAACAUAAAGCAACUCUGGAAUGGUGUAAAGUUUAUGAAGAACUUGAAGCAUAUUGAUAUGAGUUAUUCUAAAGAUUUGACUGAAACUCCAAAUUUCUCAGGAGUUCCAAAUUUAGAAAAUUUAAUUCUUGAAUGGUGUAUAUCCCUCAUUGUGGUUCAUCCCUCGCUUGGAGAGUUGAAAAAACUUGUUGAAGUGGACUUGCAUGAUGAUGUAUAAGACUUGAAAUCCUUCCAAGAAAAUUGGAGAUGAAUUCAUUGAUAAAGUUGGAUCUUGGUUAUUGUUAUGAAAUCUCAAUGCUUCCAGAGUUUGGGGAAUGCAUGAAGAAAUUAUCUUUGCUUGAUGCAAGUUGCACUGCUAUAACCAAACUUCCUGAAUCACUGGGAUUCUUAACUGGUCUGCAAGAUUUGGGAUUGAGUGGCUGCGAAAAUAUUGAUCUUCAUCCCUUUACUGUCAAAAAGUUGUUGGGCUUUAAUCUAAUGUCAUUAACAGAGUUAAACUUAAGCAACUGUGGCAUUAGUGAUGGAUCAAUUCCUGAUGAUUUUGGGGGCUUAACAUCAUUAUUUGCAUUGGAUCUGGGACGAAAUGAUUUUGUUAAUCUACCAAUUGGUUGCUUCUGUAAUCUGCAUCGUCUACACUAUCUGUUUUUGAAUGAUUGCAAGAGGCUCAAGUCACUACCAAAGCUUCCACCACGAUUAAUUCGAUUAGAUGCAUUCGGUUGUGAUGCAUUGGAACCUUUAUCAGAUCGACAGUUAUGGAAUGUCGUUUCUUCACUUGACCAUGAGUAUCGCCAUCAAACUAAAUAUACCAAUUCACUGAUCCAGCACGAUGAGUUAGAAUAUCUACCUCAAAGGGAUUUUCUCACAAUUAUCACAGCACUUGAAGUGCCAUCAUGGUUUCAAAAUAAAGAUUAUGUUUCUUCAUAUGACUACAGUGGGGAAUUUGUAUUAAUGGUGGACAUCCCUCAAUAUUUUCGUGCGAGUGAAUGGUCAGGCCUUGCUGUAUGCUUGAAUAUACAAAGCUUUUUGAUGUCUGAGAGUGUUUACAUUUCAUGGAGUAGCAAAGCUCCGGAAGAUGAUAAUUAUAUAUGCAAAGAUUGGUCACACGUUAUUGGAAAUGGUUUGAAGCAGGGUCAUCACCUCUGUCUAAUGCUGUUGCAUUUAAAUGAUAAAACAUGUUGGCAACAUUUAAGAGGUGAUGACAGUUGCCUUCAUAUCAAACUCAGCCUGCGUUGUGCACUUCUUGAAGACCUUGUAAUUGUCGGUUGUGGAUGGCGAGUUCUAUGUAAAGAUGAGAUGAAAGAGUGGGGCAGCUUUAAUGAUUUCAGCAAAUCAACCAAAGCAGAAGCUGGAGCUUCUAAGGUCUGUUUCUCACCUUCACUGGUUUGUUUCUGUUGCUGGUCCAUUUCUGUCGCUGGUUCGUUUCUGUUGCUGGUUUAUUUCUGCUGUUGGAAAUUAUCUUCUGCUGCCUCUCUGUUCUGUGUCGAUGUUGGUGUGUGUUAGUUGAUGUGUGUGAGCUGAAUCAUUUGAGCUGAGGUGCUGCUCAUGGUUUCAUCUGCUUCUUGGUGCUGUUUUGUUCUUCUGCUGUCCAUGUGUCGUGCUAGAGACUCUUCCCCUGUUCAGCCAUAAACUUCAGCUCCUCCUCUUAUCUUCAUCAUUUGUGCUUUAAGAUAGUAGAAAUGGACUGGCUCUUCAGUAGAUCUCGUGGGACUCCUUAAAACAAAAAGUAUUUUGUUGCUUCAAUUACAUUGUGGAUUAAUGUAAAUAUUUAAACAUUCUAUUUUUGUUCUAGAAUAGCUCCACGAAUCAUAUAGGCAGGAUCCUUAGUUAAAUUAUUUUGGUUUGUAUAUAUUGUAUCAGAGUAGAACUUUGAAUGUUGCUUGAAUGUGCUUUUUGGCAGGUUGUAGGGAUUUUAGGAAGUCCAACUUAAAGCAGAAAUUUUGUCGAAAUUUUUAUAGGUAGCUCAAGUAUUUUGUUACUAUUAAUAGUUGCUUAAUAUAAAUGAUGAUUGUACGACAAAAUUUGAAUUAAUAUAUUAGACUUAUUAAGGGUUUAGGUUUAUAGAAUGUGUUUUCUUGCAUUUUAAUCGAUUACAUUUCAGAAGUUGGGGGUGAGACAUUAGUAUGAAUUAAAAUCCUUGUAAAUUGAUAAUAGUAGUGCAAAUAAUUGUUAUGGUUUGUUGUUUUUGGCAACGUAUGAUAUGGCUUCCUCUCAAUCUUCAUGAACAUAUUUACCACUAUACCAUGCUACAGUAAACUCUCCAGUGCACCAACUCUAGAGAGUCAAUUUUAAGAAUGUCAAUUAUAAUUAUGAAUUGAUAUUUUUGUAUUAUUCAAGGUAAUUUUUUUUAAUUGACAAUGUUGACUGA